GUAGAUGAAUGUCGAUAGUGAUAAAUACGCAUGAAUUAGCUGUGCUGACGUGGCAAGGUGAAAAAAAGGGCGACUAGGGUUUCUUUGCUUUUCCACCAAGUUUGAUGCCGGCGGCGGCUUCUCCAGUCCGUGGGGAAGGGAUCUCGGUGUCGGAGAAGGAUGAGGUUGCUCCGGGGAUUGAAGAGAGUCAGGUCGAGGAGUUUCCAGCGUUGACAAGGAUGGAAGAACAAGUGGUUUCGAAGAAUGGUUUAGGGGGGAGUAAGUCAGGAAAUUUGCAGGAAGUGUCAUCAUCGAAUCAGAAUGGUAAGAGAUCGUUUCUUCAAGUUGCUCAGAAGCUAACUUUUACCCGGCAAAAGUUUGUGGUUUCAACAGUAGACGGGUGUGAGAAGGUAGUCGUCCCAAAGGAAGUAUUUGUUGGUGCAAAACCAAUUUGGGAGGACUUUCUGAUUGGGAAAUUUCUGAAUGAAAAGGCACCACAUGUCGGGAAGAUUCACAUGAUUGUGAAUAAGAUCUGGAGACUUGGAGAUAGAACCUCUCUCAUAGAUGUCUAUGAGGUGAAUGAUUAUACAGUCAAGUUUCGUAUUCGGAAUGAAGGAAUGAGGCACAGAAUUCUCAACAGAGGCAUGUGGAAUAUAAUGGAUAUCCCUAUGAUUGUUUCGAAAUGGACGCCAUUUACAGAAGAGGCCCAGCCAGCCAUAAAGUCUAUUCCAUUAUGGGUUACUUUAGAGAAUGUCCCACCAACCAUGUUUACAGACAAAGGUUUGGAGUUUUUGGCUAGUGCAGUGGGAGAGCCAAUUAAACUACAUCCUAAAACAGAGGAGUGUAUCAGUUUCGACGAGGCUAAAAUACUAGUGAAAGCAGAUUUAACUAAAGAUCUCCCAUUGGAACACACUUUCACGGGUGAAGAGGAAGGUGAACUGGAGUCAACCAUUAAGUACUCGUAUCCAUGGCUGCCUCCACGUUGCUCCGGCUGUAAGAAAUGGGGUCAUCUAUACUCAACUUGUUUAGCUGCCAAGGCUGUAGUCGAGAAAGAUAAGCAAGUUUCAGACUCUCCUCAAGUGAUUAUCGAUGAAAAUGUACCAACAAACACACAGGUGCAGACUGUUGCAGUUUCGGACAAAGAGAAUCAGACAUGUGAGGAGAACAAAAAUCAAACUGUUGAAGAAGAUCAGAAGGAGGAUGAAGUGGAAGGGUGGAUUACUCCUAAAUCGGGUCGUAGUAGUCCGGGUAAAGGACAGAAAACUUUACAAUAUGGCGAAGUCUCAAUCUUAUCAAACGCUUGCUCUGUUUUGGAGGUAGAAGAAGACGGAACAGAGCAGAGGAAAACAGUGGACUCACUGGAGGGACACGCUGUUACUGAAAUUGCGCAAGAAGAGGCUCAACUGAAUGUGACUAUACGUAAUCACGAAGCAGCUGCAAAGGGCCAUCACUAGAAGGAGAUAUCUCUGCGACCAUCUUUACCAUGACACUCAAAAACGGCUCACAAAACACUAGCUCAUCUUCCAGCUCCAUCGGCUAGAGAUCCCUCUAGAGAUUUAAGUAAGAAGACUACCCCGAAACUUAAUUAAUGUCGGGUUUUUUUUGGAAUGUUCGCGGUCUAAAUAAAAGUUCAAAACAUUC